AUGAUAUAUUUAAAUAGUAUAUUAGAUGUUUUAGACAAUAGUGGUAUAUUAAAGUUUAAAUAUAUAAAUGCUUUAAAUAAAUCAAAAACUAUAAAAUAUGGAGAUAUACUUAUUGGUAUAGUAUAUAAAUUAUAUAAUAAUAAUUUAUAUAAAAAAUCAGAUAAAUGUAAAGGUAUUUUAGUUCAAUACAAACAUUUUAUUAAUUUAAAAUUGUAUUAUUCAAUUAAAUUUAAUAAAAAUGCAGUUAUAAUUUUAAAUAAUGAUUUAAAUUCUGUAGGUACAAAAAGUAAUUCAAUUAUAUUAAAAUAUAUAAAAUAUAAACCUAAUAUAAAUAUUAAAAAAUUAAAAAUUAAAUAUAUUUGA